AUGACAGACGGAAACUACGUCGACGGAAGCUUCUACUUCUAUGCUCCGAACAAAGGGGCGCCGAUUUUCUUCGCCAUUGCUUUCUUUGCGUCGGGUGCUUUUCAUUUCUGGCAGAGCUCGGCGCACGAAACCAGUCACUACAAAUUCUUCAAGGUCACCGGCCUCUUUUCGUUCUGCUGCCUGCUCUUCACAGCAGGUUUCGCACUAAGGAUAUACGGGUCAUAUCAUUAUGAUGACCUGAACCCGUUCAUCGCGAGCGUGUGUCUCAUCUAUGCGGCACCACCACUUCUAGAGCUGGCAAACUACCAUAUCCUCGGCCGCGUUCUCUACUACGUCCCCUACUGCUCACCACUCCAUCCCGGUCGCGUGCUGAGCACCUUUGCCUUCUUCUCAGCCAUCGUCGAGUCACUAAACGGAUGGGGCGCCAGCUACUCUGCAAACCAGUCCCUCACGGAGCAGCAGAUGAAGACGGGUCAUGCACUCAUUAAGACCAGUCUCCUGCUCCAGAUCUUCGUCAUCGCGUGCUUCGUCGUCCUGACGGUGACCUUCCAGCUUCGAUGCAUGAGGCUCAACAUUGCUUGCCAUCGCGGCAUCAUAGGCCCACUGAUUACGUUGUACAUCAGCGUCAUACUCAUCGUAACUAGAACUGUGUUUCGGAUCGUCGAGUAUUUUGGCGUCGCGAGCAUGCGUUGGGGGUCGGACAUGAAAGUUGCUGAUAUUUCCCCCGCGAUCCGGUACGAGUGGUUCUUCUACCUCUUCGAGGCGACUCUGAUGUUGGUGAACGUCGUCAUGUUCAACGUCCGGCAUCCGAGGAGGUAUCUCCCGGAGAAGUAUACGGUGUAUCUUGCCCAGGACGGCGUGACAGAGGUGGACGGACCGGGUUGGAAAGACCCGCGGCCGUUUUGGCUCACGGUGGUGGAUCCGUUCAAUCUUUUCGGAUCGUGUGGGAGAGGUGACCGAAGCCAGGACCGGUUCUGGGAGAACGAUUUUAGCUCUGGGGACGGAAGCAAUGGGAGGAAGAAGAGCGACGGCGCCAAUGCUGUGUAA